AUGCAUGAGGACAGUAGGCAUGAGGCCGGUCAUGGGAAGACAGAGACGUCGGCGAGUGGUCACGAGUCGUGGGUGGCACGCAACUUCAACUACCAGUGCUACAUCACCUGCCUUACUGGCUUCUACAGCUGCCGAUGGACCGCCCAACAGUGGGAAAGAACCGAAUAUGGAUCCUGUUGCUGCUCUUGGAGAGAGCAACUUUUUUAUAUGUUCCUUAUAUCUGCAUGCUUCUUGUCUAAUCUUGUGCUGUUCGUGUGGGCGGAGACCUCCAAUGAGUACUUCAGCUUUGACUGGGUUGUUUAUCUAGGAACAGGAAAGUGGUUCUUCUGCUCCAUUAUUUUGCUGAGUUUCCUUGGGAUCGUAGCUAUGUAUACAUCAUUGCUAUUGAUAGUUUCAUUUUUGUUGCUUUGGGAAAGGAUUGAACUAAGUUUGCAUAUAUCUCAUAAGAUCCUGGUGACAGCAUCAUCUUUGCUGGCCGUGUUUUUAAUGGCCGUCUUGUGCCAACACUGGAAGGACAAGUGGCUGAUAUUUGGGCUGUCGCUGAAGAUCUUUGCUCCCCUUGUGCACCUGAUCCUCAUUACCUUGAUGGUGAUCGCUUCCUGGCCCAUCGCCAUCUAUGUGGCCCAUUUGGAAACAGAAGUUAGAAUAAGAAGAUACCGUGUGGAAAAUUAUGAGAACGAAGACCUGGAGACACAUAAUAAAGUCACAAGGUUAAAAGCUCUACAAGUGGCUGCUGGAUUGUCCUUUCUUCUUAUCCUUUUAUGUCUCUAUUUGAUUCCACUGGGGAUUUAUUCUCCCUGCAUCCAGGAAAAAAAGAACUUGGGGCCCAAACCUGUUUUCUUUGGACAUAGAGGUGCACCCAUGAUGGCACCAGAGAACACUAUGAUGUCCUUUGAGAAGGCAGUUGAAUAUGAUAUCUUUGGUCUGGAGACUGAUGUGCACGUAAGUUAUGAUCAUGUGCCUUUCAUCAUGCAUGAUUUUGACCUGAGUAGAACAACCAAUAUCAGGGAAGUCUUACCAGAAGACAUCCACAAGCACACUUCCUUAUUCAAAUGGCCUUUUCUGUCAACUCUGAAUGCUGGAAAAUGGUUUUUAGAGCACAAACCUUUUAUCAACAUGGAUCCUCUAUCAGAAGCUGAUAAAAAAAGAGCAAGCAACCAGUCGAUCCCAUUACUGAGUGAUGUAUUGCAACUUGCCAAGAAGGAACAAAAGUUUGUGAUAUUUGAUCUUUUUCAUCCUCCAGUAGAGCAUCCUUACAGAAACACAUUUGUCCGCAAAGUAGUAAGAGUCAUCCUUGAAUCUAAAAUUGAGCAACAUCUGAUUUUUUGGUUGCCAUCUUUUGAUAGGAGCUAUGUCAGGUACAUGGCUCCUGGUUUUCAGCAGGUGGGUCGUUUAUUACCCACUGAACGUCUUACUCGAGAAAAUAUAAGUAUUAUAAAUGUCGAUUAUAAGAGGCUGUUCUACAGGGGGAUGAGGGAGUAUAAAGCUGCUAAUAUCUACAUCAACUUAUACCUCGUCAACGAGCCUUGGCUCUUCUCACUGGCCUGGUGCUCCAAGAUUAACUCAGUGACCACGGACAACAUCAAGCUGCUGAGUCAGCUCAAUCACCCUCACUUCUUCAUGACACCAAGUUACUAUAUGUAUGUGUGGCUUCUCAUGGAUAUUGUUUCUGCAGUUUUCAUUUGUAUCAUAUUUACUUUUCACUGGUGGAGAGAGCUCAAGAAGAAAAGAUGGCUUAAUCCUACCAAUGCUACCCCAGGUAAGAUGAGAGGCCUGGCCCGCUCCUUCCUCUUCAUCCUGGCUAUUGAUUCUGGGAGACGGGACCUGCUCGACAUGUUUCUGACAAGUGCUAAAAGAGAUGAUACCCGGAUUCUGCUCGUGCAGGGAGAAUUUAGAGUAGAACACCGGAGAGGAUAG